AAAUUAGCAAUGUGUUUUUAGUACAAGUUCACUUAAGAUUAUAAAGUAAAUUAAAAGAAAAUUAUUGAAAGCUAAGGAAAAAAUUAUUCCAAAAGUUCAACGCUAAAGAAGACACAGUUUUGUGAAUUCACAGCAUUAAGAGAGAAAGAGAGGAGAAAAGAGAAGUCUUCCGGCAAAAUACACACAAUUCACACUUCUCGUUCUCCCUCUGCAUAUUCUUCGCAUCUCUUCGACUUCUUUUCCUCUCUCUCUCUCUCUUGCUCACCUUUUAAACCAGCACAAUUCAUAACCAAAUCAAAUCAAUAAGCUUUGAAUUUGCAACGAAGCACAAUUUGUGAAAUGAUCCAAUUGUUGGUCUAACUAAUUAGAUCGUCAUUAUGGUUCUUGAUUUCUGAAUUUGAGAGGAUUGGUUGUGAAGUGGCAAGAUCUGAUUGAUUCAUUUUUGUAUAGAGUACAACAAAUUCUUUUGGGGGUAAAUCGAUGAAAAACGGGAUGAUAGAAUGCAGCGUCUGCCAUUCCAAAUUGGUUUCCCCCACUACCAAAUCUGUGUCCAGGGCUUAUGAUCGACAUAAGAACAGGGUGUCUUCAAAGCAGCGCUUUCUCAAUGUCGUCCUUGUUGUUGGUGAUUGUAUGCUAGUUGGUCUACAGCCGAUUCUAGUAUAUAUGUCCAAGGUUGAUGGCCGUUUCAAGUUUAGCCCCAUUAGUGUAAACUUUUUGACUGAACUUGCAAAAGUUCUAUUCGCAAUUGUUAUGCUUCUGUUCCAGGCCAGGCAUCAAAAAGUUGGAGAAAAGCCCCUUCUCUCAAUGUCCACAUUUUUGCAGGCAGCCCGCAACAAUGCACUUCUCGCUGUUCCAGCAUUUUUAUAUGCAAUCAAUAACUAUCUAAAAUUCAUCAUGCAGCUGUAUUUCAAUCCUGCAACUGUGAAAAUGCUGAGCAAUCUGAAGGUGCUGGUAAUUGCUGUUUUGUUAAAGAUAAUAAUGAGACGCCGAUUUUCCAUCAUUCAGUGGGAAGCUCUUGCCUUAUUGCUUAUUGGAAUUAGUGUAAACCAGCUGCGUUCUUUGCCUGAAGGGACAACUGCUUUGGGCCUUCCAGUUGCGACUGGUGCAUACAUCUAUACAUUGAUCUUUGUAACAGUUCCAUCUUUCGCUUCUGUCUACAAUGAAUAUGCUCUGAAGAGCCAAUAUGACACAAGCAUCUAUUUACAGAAUUUAUUUUUAUAUGGCUAUGGUGCGAUGUUCAACUUUCUAGGUAUACUGGUAACUGCCAUUAUCAAAGGUCCUGAAAGCUUUGAUAUCCUGCAAGGACAUUCAAAAGCUACUAUGCUUCUAAUCUUUAAUAAUGCAGCACAGGGAAUUUUGUCCUCUUUCUUUUUCAAAUAUGCAGAUACAAUCUUGAAGAAGUACUCUUCAACAGUUGCCACAAUCUUUACAGGCAUAGCAUCUGCUGCUCUGUUUGGUCAUAAAUUAACUAUGAACUUUAUGCUAGGAAUUUCUAUCGUGUUCAUCUCAAUGCAUCAGUUCUUUUCACCUCUUUCAAAAGUUAAAGAUGAACCACAAAAUGGGAUGCUAGAAUUGAGAGAGGUUGAGGAGAACCACAGGUCCAAAGAUUCAUUUAUAAACAUGACUGCUGGAGCUAAUGAAGAGGCUAGUCAUCGUGUAGGAUCUGAUGAGCGACAGCCAUUUCUUCCCACUUAAAUGUUUCUAUGAGAGUUUUCCUUGAAGAAAUUCUUUUGGGAGGGUACAUUGGAUGGUACAGGAGAUAAAUUAGGUCUAAGAAUGAUCACGGUGGAAUAAUCAUUAGGAAUAUAUGAAAUUCUUUUUGUUUUUUCAAGAUGUCUUCAUCACUUCUGAGGGUUGGAUGGCAAAGAGUGAUCAGGACCAUGGCCGCUGGGUGUUUAGAUAGAGAAGAGCGAAGAACUUGAUUUCAAUCUCUCCCAAUUUCCACCUGCUCUGACAUAUACAUAUAUGGCGCCGCCAGCGCUUAUAUACUUUUCAUCUUAGACUAGGAAUAUAUUUUUUGUCCUCAAUUAUCAACAUUUUCUGCUUAUAUUAUUGUCUCUUAGGGAAAGAUAUAUUUUUGUUUUUGUAUGAGACUAUAGUUUAAAAAAUAGAAAAUAUUUCUUUGUUUUCCUACCAAUAUUAAUAUGUGCUAUUCAAGUGUACUAUCUGAACAAUAAUAAGACAUUCCGUAGGCAUUCUGAAACUGCCCCGGAUUUUUUGA